AUGUGGACACCAAUUUUGUUCAAAAUCAUCAAUCCAUCGGAUAUCGCUGAUGCUCCACACCACGACUUAAAGGAAAUAUCCUCAUGGUUCGCAACAAUAGUCCUCGUUAUUAGUAACUUAUACAACUCUGCAAUCAGCUCUGUUCUUGAAAAGAGAUUUUUAGGUAUUUGCACAAACAUGUUCAUUUUCAUGUUCUUGUUCUACUUAUUCCUCUCAAUUCCAGACUACUUCCUUGGCCUCUUAAUCAUGAAUCUUUUGGCACUUGUUCCAUUCUACAUGCUGAAGUUCGAUUCCUGCAAGGCCUGCGUCACCAAGAGGUUCUGUGGAAAAUGCGAAAAAGCUGAAUAA